UCCCGGGCCGGCCGCUGAGCUAGGCAGCGCUGCUCGGCCCCGGCUCCCGCCCGCCCCGCCGCCUCCCGGCCCUCCUCCUCCUGCUCCUCUUCCUUCUCCUCCUCCGCCUGCUGCUCUUCUCCGUCCGGGCCCGGCCCGCCGCCUCCAUGAGCCCGUAGCUCCCGCCGGCACAGCUCUCGCUGCGCGGGGCAGAGCGGAGCCGGGGCCGCCGCCGGCCGCCAUGGCGUCCAACAUGGACAGAGAGAUGAUCCUGGCCGACUUCCAGGCUUGUACUGGUAUAGAAAAUAUCGAUGAAGCUAUAACUUUGCUUGAACAAAAUAACUGGGAUUUAGUGGCAGCUAUAAAUGGUGUAAUACCACAAGAAAAUGGCAUUCUGCAAAGUGAGUACGGUGGAGAGACUUUACAAGGACCAGCAUAUGGCCCCACAAGUCAUUCUACAGCAGCUUCUUCAGCUUCUUCAUCUUCCUCAGCAUUUCACCAUGUAGUGCCAUCUAGACAAAUAGUGGAAAGACAACCUCGAAUGCUUGACUUCAGGGUUGAAUACAGAGACAGAAAUGUGGAUGUAGUACUUGAGGACAGCUCUACAGUGGGAGAUAUCAAACAUAUUCUAGAAAAUGAACUUCAGAUUCCUGCAACUAAAAUGCUGUUAAAGGGGUGGAAGACUGGAGAUGUAGAUGAUAGUACUGUUUUAAAAACUCUACACUUGCCAAAAAAUAAUAGUCUUUAUGUUCUAACACCUGACCUGCCUCCUCCUUCUUCAAGUCAUUCUGGAGCCCUGCAGGAGUCAUUAAAUCAAAACUUCAUGCUGAUCAUCACCCAUCGAGAAGUCCAGCGGGAGUACAACCUCAACUUCUCAGGAAGCAGUACCAUUCAGGAGGUAAAACGGAACGUGUACGACCUAACCAGUAUCCCUGUCCGUCACCAGCAGUGGGAGGGCUGGCCUCCUUCUGCCACAGACGACUCAAUGACUCUAGCAGUGUCAGGAGUGAAUUUUCCUUGCCAUCGACUUACAGUUGGAAGAAGAUCUUCACCUGUACAAACAAGGGAACAGUCAGAGGAGCAGUGCACUGAUGUUCAUAUGGUUAGUGACAGUGAUGGAGAUGACUUUGAAGAUGCUACAGAGUUUGGAGUUGAUGAUGGAGAAAUGUUUGGGGUAGCAUCAUCUGCCUUGAGGAAGUCACCAAUGAUGCCAGAAAAUGCUGAAAAUGAAGGAGAUGCCUUAUUACAAUUUACAGCAGAGUUUUCUUCAAGAUACGGUGAUUGCCAUCCUGUUUAUUUCAUUGGAUCAUUAGAGGCUGCUUUUCAAGAAGCCUUCUAUGGGAAAGCUAGAGAUAGAAAGCUUCUUGCUAUCUACCUCCACCAUGAUGAAAGCGUACUAACCAACGUCUUCUGCUCGCAAAUGCUGUGUGCUGAAUCUAUUGUCUCAUAUCUGAGUCAGAACUUCAUUACCUGGGCGUGGGACAUGACAAAAGAAGCAAACAGAGCAAGGUUUCUGACAAUGUGCACAAGACACUUCGGGAGUGUUGUAGCCCAAACAAUUCGAACUCAGAAGACGGAUCAGUUUCCACUUUUCCUUAUUAUUAUGGGAAAACGAUCAUCUAAUGAAGUAUUGAAUGUAAUACAAGGUAACACGACAGUGGAUGAGCUGAUGAUGAGGCUGAUGGCUGCAAUGGAGAUCUUCAGUGCCCAGCAGCAGGAGGAUAUAAAGGAUGAGGAUGAACGUGAAGCCAGAGAAAAUGUGAAAAGGGAGCAGGACGAGGCAUACCGCAUAUCGCUCGAGGCUGACAGAGCAAAGAGGGAAGCACAAGAGAGAGAAAUGGCAGAGCAGUUUCGUUUGGAACAGAUUCGGAAAGAACAGGAGGAAGAACGUGAGGCUAUCAGGCUUUCUCUUGAGCAGUCUUUGCCUCCAGAACCAAAAGAGGAAAGCACCGAGUCGGUCAGCAAGCUGCGCAUCCGGACGCCCAGCGGAGAAUUCUUUGAGCGGCGUUUCCUGGCCAGCAGCAAGCUGCAGGUUGUCUUUGAUUUUGUGGCUUCCAAGGGAUAUCCUUGGGAGGAAUACAAGCUUCUGGGCACCUUUCCGAGGAGAGAUGUGACCCAGCUGGAUCCAAAUAAAUCAUUACUGGAGGUAAAACUGUACCCUCAAGAAACCCUUUUCUUAGAGGCAAAAGAAUAAUCAGACAAGAUUGUAGGACUAAUCAUCUUUCGACAAGCCAGAGGCACAGCAUCAAGAGGAACGCUUCAUCGACGCCAUCUUGUACUAUCAUCCAACUCAACUUAAUGUCACAACUUUGCCUCUUGCAAGAAUUUGAAAUAACAUAGCUACGUAAAGUUCCACAUACAUGAGUGUAUGUUCCAACCUCGUCUAAAUGAGCAGAGGAUGAAAUUCUGCUGUGAACACUGAACAUUAUGACUAUGUUGCUCACUUAUCAUCCAGCUUUUGUUAUAAUUAAUGCACUGUUAAAAUGUGAGUGAUUGUUAAGUAGAAUUUUUACUCCUCAAAUGCCCCUUUUUCACCAAGAAAUCUUGGACAUUUCUGCCUGUACUUUUGACACUAGAAUGCUGUAUAUUUGAUAUCUCGCUGAGCCAGUGCUCUCAUAUAUGCAUUUUAUCUCUGUGUUUGAAUUUCUACUUUGUCACCUAAUUUAAAAGGCAGAAAAAAAACCAACAAAGAAACAGGACAUUCGCAGCCAUGGAAAUUUAACAGUAUUAUGGUAGAAGGCAUAUAAUUUUUGUUAGUACUUUCUGACUUCUUUGAUAAGAUGUAAGGUUUUGUUUGAAGAAUAUAGUUUGACAUAUAUGCGAGGUAUUUAUUUACUGGUUCUGCUUUGGGUCUCAGUUCUGAUUCAUUUAGGAAGUAUUUUCCAUUACAUUGCAGUGUGUGAAACUGCUUAUUGCAUGAUGUGAAUAUUUAAAUAACAUUAGAAAUGGCCAGGACCGGAAAGCUGGUAUCUUGCCAACGCUUCAGGAAUCAGCUGUUAUUGAAUAUCAGCUGUUAAAAACCUUUCAAAUACCAGAUACAAAAGUUCUUUAUUUCCCGUUGAGAAAGGAAUGGCAGUUCCCAUUUUGGCGGUUUUCCUUCAUUCGGGGCUUGUUUGUAUCCUAUUACUCUGUUGUUCUAAAGCACCUUGUUUGUUCCAUCAAACAAUGAGUAUCUCAAGAGACGGUGUAGUAAGAAAUCUGCCUUACUAUUGCACACUUUGGACAUUUUAGCAGUAGAUUGCUGAUCCCAUCUCAAAUUGAAGAAAUCCGAGAUCCGUUGUCUGAAAUGUAUGCACCAGCUACCUGCUGUCUGAUGAGGAGAAAUCUGGUACUUUAAGUUCCUCAACCAUGGAACAAACAUACUUGGUCUAAAAUCAGAAAGUACACUUAAUGCCAAAUGUGCAUCAAAACAGCUUGGUUUGGGGGGGGGUUGUUUGUUUUUGUUUUGUUUUUAAAUCUGGACUUCCAGGAUAGUGCAACAUAGCACUGCAGAAUUGUCAUCUACUAACCAAACUUGUUUGGUAGUGCCUGGCACAUUGUUUUCCACGUGUUUCUAUGUAAUACACAGUGCUUAUCGUAGCAGGAGUUCUGUUUUGGAAAUUUCAUACUAAGCAAAGACCAACUGCAUACAUCUUCUAGUCUUUAGUCUUUUCUUUGGAAGGAUGGUGAUAUAAAGUUAUAUGUAUGCCUAUUAUUAGGGUGUUAGUGAAGCUCAUAUAUUGUUACCUUUACCAAAAAUAUAAAUUUUGGAGGAAAGCCUUAUUCUACCUUUUGUAAUUCUGUAAUUAGUGAGUGCUACAUCAGACACUUUUAGAAAUGAAUUAUCUGUGACAAACAAAAGGUUUGGAAGUGUAAGUGAAUCUUAACCAUUUGCAGUUCACAAAUAAAAGAAUUCAUAGCCAGUAGAAAGAUAAAUGUAUGUGUAAUGGAAACCUGAAUGCAGAUGCUUCGUUCUCAACUUCUGUUUUCUUGGUAAAAGAUCCACCAUUUAUUAAAUAUGACAUUAGCAUGGUUGCAGAUUGGGGUGGCGCUGUUUCUACAAACAAUCGCAGUAACACAUGCAGGAGGAUUUUAAAGUGAUGCAUAUCUUUUUUUCUUUUGUCUUCUUUCUGAGCUGCUAUUGAGGAAAGGAGUUGAAAUAUUGCUGCAGAAGAAAAGCAACCUUUCAGCUAACUUGUUUCUGUUAACCUGUUCUGUUUAACUUCUGUUUGAUCUCAGCGGGCUGUUUUCUCUCGUUCAACUUUAUUUCUGUAUUUUGACUUUAUAUUCUUUACUUUGAUACUAGUUUUGUAAAUUUAUCAAAUGUGACUUGAAUAUUUGUUGAACGUGUUGAAGUCAGUGCUCCCAGGUUCUGUUAGGCCUUUUUUGUUCUAAGACAAGUUUUAGGGCUUUUUUUCCCCUAUUUUGUUCACAUUGAAAAAUACACUGUCAUUAUCAAAACAUUGUGGUGAGAAUUAACUGGAAGUGUUGAAAGUGGUGGUGUUACUGCCCUCUGGUACAUAGAUCAGGAGCAGUAUAGAAGGUGCAUUCUGCCAAAACAAGUGUAUCACUCAAUUUAAAUAAAGCAUUUAUGAUUUUUGUCCUUAAA